AUGUCAAGUAUUGAACAACUGCUCCAUUUUCUGCUUAAAGAUGGAGGCAAAAACUUGGAAAAGUAUCUUGGUAGAAUUAUCAAUGGAAGAACCUUCAAAGCAACCAAGUCUGGGGUCAUCAACCAGUUUUGGGAUCAGAGUAGUAAAGAAUCUCAUGGCUUUGAUGACUCUGUUAGUGGAAAGGCAGAAUUCAACAAGAGACUAAAUACCAUCUGCCCUGAAUUCUUUGAGAUGAAGAUCAUUAUGAAGACAAGAAAGACAGCAUCUCCUUGUGUGUCAAACAGCAACAUACCGCUUGUAUUUUCUGACAAUGAUGAUGAUGAUGAUUUGGAUAGUGCACAAGAAGAUGAGAGUAAUGGUGGUAAAGACGCGGGUGAAGGUGAAGGUGGAAGCGAGGAUGAAGAUUGUGACAAAAUGAAAAGAGUGAAUGGCAUUAUCAUCAGAGAUUCUGUCUUGUUGGUGUCAGAAGCUGACUUGCCUUCUUCCUUAAGAGCUGCCAAUGAAAGCAAAGAAGAAAGAGCAGAGAAGAAGCUCAAAAUAAUUUCCGGAUGUGCCAAAUGGUUCCAAGAUGCAAAGGUGUCUCUUCUUGAAUUGCAAUAUGAAAGGGACAGAGAAGACAAGUUGAAGAUAAUUGCUGACAAAAGAGAAGAAAGAGGGAAGAAGAAUGAUGAAGAAAGAUUGGAGAGACUGAAGAAGAACAAAGAAGAUCAAGUAGUGAAAAUGCUUGAAAUAAAGGCCAGGUUGUUUAGAUGGUCUGAAGAGAAGUUUGAUAAGAAGUAUACCAAGUAUCUCAUAAAACAAAUUCUCAGCUGA